GUGAACCUUUGAUCACUUUGAACUCAACUCUGCUCCUGCAGUCUUGCUCUCUUUUUCUCUCUGACAACACAGGUGAGCCGACUUUUUAAAAAUGGAUAAGUUUCGAAUUAUGGUCCAGUUCCUGCAAGCCAACCAAGAGUCUUUCAUGAAUGGCAUCUGUGGGAUCAUGGCCCUGGCAAGCGCCCAGAUGUAUUCCUCUUUUGAGUUCACCUGUCCUUGUCUCCCAGACUACAAUUACGCGUAUGGCAUCGGCAUCCUUGUCGUUCCGCCAAUAUGGUUCUUUUUACUUGGAUACGUACUUAACAACAACAUCUCAGUGUUAACAGAGGAAUGGAAGAGACCGGUUGGAAAACGCAGGAAAGACCCGGCGGUCUUGCGCUACAUGUUCAGCUCCAUGACGCAGCGCGCUCUCAUCGCUCCGGCUGUAUGGGUAGCAGUGACUUUAAUGGAUGGCAAAAGCUUCUUGUGCGCUUUCAGCGCCACGACGGAUUUAUCCGUGUUCUUCAACGAGAGCUACCAAAGCCUAUCCAAAAGGGAGGUUUUGAAAUUACAAGCAAAGAUCCCAUGCAAAGACGUAUUCGACGGGCAUGAGAUUAUUUCCAGAGAGGCGGCCACUAGAUAUAUUCGCUGUUUGUCACAGGCCUGUGGAUGGACCUUUUUAAUGGUAAUAACUAUAGCAGCCUUCCUGAUAAGGGCGAUAAGACCUUGUUUUACACAAGCCGCUUUUCUUAAAACCAAAUACUGGUCGCACUACAUCGAUACAGAGCGCAAAUUAUUCGACGAAACGUGCAAAGAGCACGCCAAGAGCUUCGCCAAGGUCUGCAUACAGCAAUACUUCGAGAGCAUCAGCGGCGAAAUCGUUACGCAGUUCCAGCUGCCCGCGAAGAAAGGGAAAGGCAACAAAGACGAGGACGGGGAAAAGCAGAAAAGCGACGAGGAAAGGCUUCUCGGGAUCCGUAAAGAAGACGACAUGAAUAAAGUCCUGUGGAACUGGCACACGUGUAAACCCGCGCUGUUCCUGAACAAACACGCUGAAAACAGGAGUAUGAACGGACACGCCCACUUUGACACUCUCAGCCUCUCGGAUGAGCGCUACACUCACACGCCUGUAAAAAACACAGCUGUGGCAUACUACUCCAAAGUCUGACUUCACACUUUAAUCUUAGUCUGCUAUAGCAGUACUCGCUCUCAAGAUCCGAUUUCUAUUUAUCGCCUGCCAUUUCUUAUUUGAUGUCCUCCGAGACCCCGUAGUCAUUGCAUCCAGCCAUUAUAAAACAAUGUUGUUUGUUACUAGAAAUAAAUGAGAACGUAACAGGA